UGUGAUCGUUGCUGGCCACUAUACAAUGACAAGCCUUUUCAUCCAGGAGAUCAAGUUCAUGUCUAUAAUUGCAAGCCUUGUCAGUGUUAUGGCCAUGCAGUAAGCUGUCACUACAACAGGACAAUGGAUCCUUUUCCUAAUGAAUACUAUAGAGGUGGUGGUGGAGUCUGUGAUAACUGUCAACACAAUACCACAGGAAGAAACUGUGAGCUGUGCAAGGAUUUCUUUUAUCGGCAUGUGGAUGCAGAUCUUUCAGCUGUGAAUGCUUGCAUACCAUGUGAAUGUGACAUGGCAGGCACUGAAGCCACUAGCCACCUCUGUAAUAAGAUUGGAGGACAGUGUAAUUGUAAGAGACAUGUGUCUGGCAGACAGUGCAAUCAGUGCCAGGAAGGAUUCUACAAUCUACAACAGUCAAACCAUGAUGGCUGCAGCCCCUGCAACUGUAAUACCUCUGGGACAGUCGAUGGAGAUAUUACCUGUCACCAAAUUUCAGGCCAGUGCAAGUGCAAAGAAAAUGUUAUUGGUCUCCAGUGUGAUCACUGCAGCUUUGGGUACAAACUCCUCCACAGGGUUAACAGAGAUGGAUGUGAGCCUUGCCACUGUCAUGUCCAUGGCUCAGUGAACGAGUUCUGCAACCCUUUGACUGGCCAAUGUAAUUGCAAGGAAAAUGUCAAUGGACUUCAUUGUGAUACCUGCACUGAUAACUUUUACGGACUGGAUGCUUCUGGAUGUAAGCCGUGUGAUUGUAACAAAGGGGGAUCUGCUGCUGGCACUGUGUGUGAUCCCCAUACAGGACAGUGUGUCUGUAAACCUAACUUUGAGCAAAGGCAAUGUGACGACUGCUUAGAUGGGCAUUACAGAGUGGAGCAAAAUAAUUCUUUAGUCUGCUUGCCAUGUAACUGUGAUAAGGUUGGAACAGUAAAUGGUUCUUUGCUGUGUCACAAAUCAGCAGGGCAGUGCCUGUGCAAAACUGGUUUCACAGGCUUUCAAUGUGACCAGUGCAUGGCUCAUAUGUAUAAGCUUGCUACUGGAAACCUUCUUGGAUGUGAGAGUUGUGACUGCAAUCCUUUAGGGACAUUACCUGGAACGGUUUGUGACCAAAUCAGUGGACAAUGUGUUUGCUCACCUUACCAUCAUGGAAGACAGUGUAAUAAGUGUAAACCAGGUUUUUAUGUUUCUCCGCACAGUGUUAAUGGCUGCCUUCCCUGUUUAUGCCACACAUCUGGUUCAGUGGAUGUGGUCAAUUGUGACAGUCUCACUGGCCAGUGCACUUGCCAAGAUUCCUCAGUAGCUGGGAAGAGAUGUGAUCACUGUAGAGCUCUGUAUUAUGGAUUUGACUCUGAAACUGGAAGAUGUCAGCAUUGUAAUUGUCAUCCUGCAGGAACCAUUAAUGGGACUUGCCAUCCUAUUAAUGGACAAUGUGUGUGUAAACUAUUUGUAACUGGCUCAAAAUGUGACAACUGUGUUCCCAAUGCUAGUAAUUUGGAUAUUGACAACCCGUUUGGCUGCAGUAAAACUCCUUCCCAGCAGCCUCCACCAAGAGGACAAGUUCUAAAUUCUUCUGCUAUCAUACUUUCUUGGAAUCCCCCUGAUUCUCCAAAUUCUAACUGGUUAACUUACAAUCUGUACAGAAAUGGCAGUGAAUUCUAUACAGUGAAGGACCAUUAUCCUUACAGCACGCAAGUCUUCACUGAGAGCACUUUGUUUCCCUAAUUUUAUUUAUAUUACCUCGAGACCAGCAAUGUCCACGGAUCUACAAGAAGUGCAGCUUUGACUUACAGGACAGAGCCUGGAAUACCUGUGGGAAACUUGUGUUUAAGCUUAGUCCCUCCUGUUGGGCCGUACUCUGUUUCGUUCAACUGGACAGCCUUAUCAAAUGACUCUGGUCCUAUAGAGAAAUAUAUCUUGACAUGUGUUUCAAUAGAUCUUCGACCUUGUGGUCAGUAUGAAGGCUUAGAAACCUCUGCAACUGUUUCAAAUUUGGAUCCAUUUACAAAAUACAAUUUCCAUGUUCAAGCCUGUACAAGUGGGGGAUGUUUGCUGAGCCAGCCAGUGGCAAUAAUUACUGCACAGGCCGCUCCAGAGGACCAACUACCUCCAGUCAUAGAAAGCACCAGUUCUACAGAAUUAUUUGUAGAAUGGUCUCCACCCAAGAAACCAAAUGGUAUAAUUACUAGGUAUGAACUGUACAUGAAAGGAGUACUACAAUCAAAUGGUAGCUUUGUGCCCCCUGACAGUCGUGUUUUCCAAGCCAGUGGAUGGUACAGUCUUCAUCCAGUGACAGAAUCUGCCAAUGAGAAUGCUUUGACACCACCUCCAACUAACACCAAAAUUACAGGUUUGGAGCCAUUCACAGAGUACGAGUUCCGUGUUCUGUCAGUCAAUAUGGCAGGUAGCACAUUUUCAAGAUGGACAUCACAGAGGACUGCAGAGGCAGCUCCUGUAUUCAUGCCACCUCCAUCAGUAUUCCCUCUUUCACCAUAUUCUCUCAACGUGUCUUGGGAAAAGCCACGGGAUAAUGAAGCAAGAGGAGAAGUGAUGGGGUACAGCAUCAAUGUAAUUACUGAACAAAAAGUCUUGCCAGUGUUUUCUCAGGUUUUGUAUAUUGCUGAAGCUCAUGAGCGUUCCUACACAGCAACAGGAUUGGAACCAUACAGGAUUUAUUAUUUUACAAUUACUCUCUGCAAUCGAGUUGGUUGUGUCACCAGUGAACCAGGAAUGGGACGAACUUUAGCAGCCGCUCCAAGACAGCUAAUUGCCCCUCACGCAGAAGGAGUAAACAAUACAGUAAUAAAGAUAAGUUGGAAUGAUCCUCAAGAACUUAAUGGGCCUCCUCCAACCUAUCAGCUGGAGAGAAUGGAUGCAUCUUUUGCAACAUCAAAUGUAACUGUAGUGAAAGGAAUCCGUUUCCCAGGAAAUGGGUAUUAUAAAUUUCCAGCAUCUACUCUCACUGCCAACACAUAUUUUACAGGUAUUAAAGUGAGCUUUAGAACUACAGAGCCUGAUGGCCUAAUUCUUUUCUCUGUGUCACCUGGGAAUCAAGAGGAAUAUAUUGCACUUCAGUUGCAAAGUGGACGUCCUUACUUCCUCUUUGAUCCACAGGGAUCUGCUGUAGCGUUAACUCCAGAUAAUGAUGGUGGAAGACAAUAUAAUGAUAAUAGUUGGCACCAUAUAACUGCUUUAAGAAAUCAAGCUUUAGGAGAAAUCACAGUGGAUGGGCAGUUCACAGGUUCUUCUUCAGCUACUAGUGGUAGUACCAUCAUUGGUGAGAGCACAGGAGUUUUUAUUGGAGGACUUCCACAGAGUUUUACAAUCCUAAGAAAAGACACAGAGGUAGUCACAAAAGGCUUUGUGGGUUGUCUCAGAGAUGUGUUUUUGAAAAAGGUGCACCAUCCAUAUGAAGUUUGGGAACCUUUAAAAUGGCAAGAAGCUACGGAGCAAAGAAAUGUUUAUCAAAGCUGGGAAGGGUGUCCUAGUGUUGUUGCAAGUGGAGUACAUUUUCUCGGGAAAGGUUUCCUGGAACUCCAUUCAGAUCUUCUGCGUGGUGGCCUGGACAUUGAGAUCUCCUUUACAUUUAAGACCGAUCAGCUGAAUGGAUUACUUCUGUUCAUUUACAACAAAGAAGGGCUGGAUUUCCUUGCUGUAGAACUGAAAAGUGGAAUCCUAAGCUUUCUGCUAAAAAUCAACUUUGUCUCUACACAUGUGAAUCUCUGGUUAGGAUUGUCCUAUUGUGAUGGAAAAUGGAAAAAGGUUGUUCUGAAAAAAGAAGGAUUGGUAGUUUCAGCAAGUGUGAAUGAACUGACAGAGCAGGUGGUGGAACCCGGUUUAGAAGAGCUGAUUGUAAAUUCUCCAGUCUACCUUGGAGGAAUCCCAGAUGAGGUCCAAGAUGCCUUUAAGGAACUGGAAUUGGAGCAAGGUUUUGGUGGCUGCAUGAAGGAUGUUAAAUUUACACGAGGUGCUGUCGUUAACUUGGCAUCUGUGUCCAGCAGUGCUGUCAGAGUCAAUCUGGACGGAUGCCUAUCAACUGACAGUGCUGUUAACUGCCGGGGAAAUGACUCCAUCCUAGUGUACCAAGGAAAAGAGCAGAGUGCUUAUGAUAGUGGUCUACAGCCAUUUACAGAAUAUCUUUAUCGGGUAAUUGCUUCUAACAAAGGAGGAUCUGUGUCCAGUGCCUGGAAUCGUGGCCGCACGAGGGAAUCAGUCCCACAAAGCGUGCCAACACCCUCAAGAGUUCACAACAUAAAUGGUUACAGCGCUGAGGUUACCUGGGACGAACCAGUUGGGGUCAUAGGUGUAAUUGAGAAGUAUAUUCUGAUAGCUUACAGUGAAGAUGUUUCCAGCAUAUCUCCUGUCAGUACAGAGAUUUCUAAUACAAGUGCAUUCACAGGCAUACUGACAGGCUUGCAGCCCUUCACAACAUAUGAUGUAACCCUAACAGCUUGCACUUUGGCUGGCUGUACUGAAAGCUCACAUGCCUUGAACAUCUCCACUCCACAAGAAGCUCCACAAAAUGUCCACCCACCAACAGCUAUCUCAUUCCCCACAUCUUUACUAUUGAGUUGGAGUCCACCAAAAAGACCAAAUGGAAAAAUAACACAAUAUUGUUUAUAUAUGGAUGCUCAACUAAUUUAUACUGGAAAUGACACCAAACAUAUUGUCAAGGGUUUAAGAGCUUUUACGGCAUACCCAUUUCUCCUCACUGCUUGCACAGUUGUUGGCUGUACAAACAGUUCCCAGGUCACCUUGCUUACAGCACAACUGCCACCAGCUCGUGUUGAGGCACCAGUCCUGACAGUUUUGGAUUCUGUAACAAUCUAUAUACAAUGGAAAGAGCCAGAGGACUUAAAUGGAAUUCUACAACGCUACAUUCUGUACUUCGCUAACAAAGGGGAAAAUGUUACAGUUUGGAAUCUAAUCUAUAAUAGUACAGCUCUUUCUAGAGACUAUACUAUACGACACCUUUCACCGGCCACUGAAUACCUCAUUAAAUUAGCAGCCUGCACUGGAGGUGGAUGUACGAUAAGUGAAACUGCCUCAGCAAUAACAACUGAGAGUACACCAGAAGGUGUUUCUGCUCCUGAAGUCCAGUCCUAUUCCUCUGACUCCUUUAACAUCUCAUGGACUAAGCCAGAGUACCCAAAUGGAAUUAUUACUAGUUAUGGACUGUAUAUGAAUGGCACUCUGGUACAGAACUCCUCACAGCUCAGCUAUUAUAUUUCGGGACUUUCUCCCUGGAGUCUGCAUUCCUUCAGAGUUCAGGCAUGUACUGCAAAAGGCUGUGCUCUUGGCCCACUGGUCGAAUCUCGUACAGUGGAAGAUGUACCUGAAGGAAAAAUUGAAGUAUUUGUCAUUAAUGAUGGACCAAGAACAGUUCAAGUGAAAUGGCUUCCUCCACAUCAGCCAAAUGGAUUGCUAACCUAUGCUGUCCUUCUUACUGGCUUCUUCUAUACUGAUGAAGCUAGUGGCAAUUAUGUUAUGUUAAAUGGCACACGAAUUGUACAUAUUGGUAAAGAAGGAAAUACCUGGGUGCCCAUUGGAGGACUAAUCCCAUUUUCAAACUACUCCAUACAAGUGAAUGCUUCCAAUAGUCAAGGCUUUGUGAUAAGUGAUCCAGUAACAAUUGCCAUACCUCCUGGGGCUCCAGAUGGCAUGUUGCCUCCAAGGCUUUCAUCUGCCAUGCCGACCAGUCUUCAGGUUGUCUGGUCUACACCAGUUCGGAACAAUGCUCCAGGCUUACCCAGCUACCGACUCCAACUGAGACCCAAGCACUCCCCAGAAGACAUUCUGGAGUUGCUUUCCAAACCUUCAGCUUCUUUAAGCCACCUAGUCGUGGAUCUGCAGCCAUACACUACAUAUGAGAUGAGGGUGAUUGCCUACAAUAAAUAUGGUGAUGCAUACAGCGAAUGGAUUUCAAUGGUUACAGCAGAAGACAAGCCAGGUCCUAUGGACCCACCACUCAUGUUGGAUGUUAAACCCAGAACUGCAACAAUAUCCUGGCAGAAUCCAUCAAAGCCAAAUGGCAUUAUAACCCACUACAAUAUUUUGAUAAAUGGCCAACUGCAUACUACCAUUCCAGGCAACAGAUCCAAAUGGACUGUACAGAAUUUGCAUCCUUACACAGUGUACCAGUUUCAAGUAGAAGGCUGCACCAUAAAAGGAUGUUCCGUUUCUCCUGAGAGCCCACCCAUACAGACUCUUCCAGAUGCACCUGAAGGCCUCCUUGCUCCAGUGCUAUAUUCUGACACACCAACAUCUGUCCUGGUAUCAUGGCAGCCUCCGCUUCAUCCAAAUGGAUUGGUGGAAAACUAUACAAUAGAGAGAAGAGUGAAAGGAACAGAACAAAUAUCCACUGUUGCCUCCUUGUCCUUCAACCAUUCUACAAGAUACCUUGACCAAAGUCCCGCUCUUAGCCCUUGGAAGAAAUAUGAGUACAGAAUAUUGGCAGGUACUCUUAAAGGGGGUGUUAACAGCAGUGCUUGGACAGAAGUUACCACCAAGCCCUCAAGACCUGCAGGUGUUCAACCUCCUGAGGUGAAAGCAUUAGGACCAGAUACUGCACAGGUAUUUUGGAAGCCUCCUUUCGUCCUGAAUGGAGAAAUACUUAGUUAUGAGAUCCGCAUGCCAGACCCUCGAAUCACCGUUACCGGCAACCUGUCAUCUUCAAUGAGUUGUAUAAUAACCAAUCUGAUCCCUUUCACAAACUAUUCAGUCACCAUAGUAGCUUGCUCUGAAGGUGAUGGCUACAUUGGAGGGUGUACAGAGAGUCUACCUACCCACAUAACUACCCAUCCAAUGCUUCCCCAAGGCAUUAGUCCAUUGUCUGUGACCCCAAUUAGUGAGUCAUUUAUUGCUGUUUCCUGGCAAGCACCAUCCAGGCCUAAUGGACCCCACAUAAGAUAUGAGCUCCUGAGACGUAAAAUCCAGCAGCCACUUGCAUCAAAUCCCCCUGAAGAUUUAAAUCUCUGGCACAAUAUUUACUCAGGAAGUCAGUGGUUUUAUGAAGAUAAGGGUCUUAGCAGUUAUACAACAUACGAAUAUAAACUCAUAGUACACAAUGAAGUAGGAUAUGGAUCAAGUGAGCAAAUGAUUGCUACAACAUUGGCUGGUUUUCCAAAGAAGGGGAGUGAUGUCAUGGCCCACCCUCUUAACAAUACUGCUAUAGAAGUGGAGUGGACUAUCCCAACCUUGCAAGAUUUACAGGGAAGCAUUGAAUAUUAUGUCCUGUUUUGGAAUACCACUGCCCAUGAGAGCUCCAGGAAGAUUCCUCCCAGUGAAAACCAUACUGUCAUUGGUGAAUUGCAUCCUAACACCAAGUAUCAGAUUUUGCUUCAUGUUUUCAACGGGGUUCACGGCAUUGCAAGUGAGGUGGUGUGUGUGACUACAUUAGAUGGAGAGCCGGAGGGCAUGUUCCCUCCAGAGGUUGUCAUCAUCAACAGUACAGCUGUACGUGUCAUCUGGACAUCGCCUUCAAACCCAAAUGGUGUUGUCACAGAGUAUUCUGUCUAUGUAAAUAAUAAGCCAUACAAGACUGGAAUGAAUGAAUCGGGGUCUUUUCUUUUAGGAGAUUUGUCUCCCUUCACUAUUUAUGAUAUACAGGUUGAAGUCUGUACAGUAUACGCCUGUGUGAAAAGUAAUGGAACCCAAAUUACCACUGUGGAAGAUGAACCAAGAGAGUUAUCAGCACCACAGAUUAACGUCCUUGGUCCAAGGUCACUCCAGAUAAACUGGGCAUCUCCUGGACAACCAAAUGGCGUUAUCUUAGGGUAUGAUCUGUUGCGUAAAGCUUUACGAUGGUGCACUGUGGCACAGCAGCUACCAACCCACCAAACUGCAGGGACAUGUCUACCCCUGGAAUGUGAUAUCCAUGAAAAUGUCUGUGGAGGCCUGUGUUACAAUCCACAGUUUAAGGUUUUUGGAGAUAUUUUUAACUACAAGCCAUCAAAGCUCUCCCACCUCUUCUCUACCUUCAGUACAACCAUCAGCGCAUUGUCCACUGGUGGAGAAGUAUGCUGCCAAAAUAAAGAACAGAUCUCUGUUGGCAUUGGGGAAUCCUGCUGCCAGGGGACUCCUUACUCCACAUCAGGGAACCAAAUAUGUUGUGGUAGAUCACUUCAUGAUGGCUUCAGUCACCAGUGCUGUGGUGGAGAAAUUGUAAGCAAAGACUUGAUCUGCUGUGGGGAUGAAGAAAAAGGAACAGUCCACAGACCUGCAACAGGGAUGUUCUGUUGUGGGCAUGAAUAUGUGAAUAUGUCAAGUACCAUAUGCUGCUCAGCUUCCAGUGGUGAGUCUAAAGCCCACAUUAAAAGGAAUGACCCAGUGCCAUUAAAAUGCUGUGAGACUGAACUUAUUCCAAAGAGCGAGGAAUGUUGUAAUGGACUUGGAUAUAAUCCUUUGAAAUAUGUUUGCUCUGACAGGAUUUCAGCAGAUGAGGAAGCUAUAGUGAAUGUUUGGGAUGAAGUGGGAGGGUUCUGCCAAGCUGUGGGUAAGACUUUGCUGAGUAUCAGCAUACCUAAUGUCAGGCCCAAUAUGAAGGAAGAAUGUAAAGCUACUUUCCUGUGCCCAGUAUCCAUGGAAGCAACAGCAUACUGUGGGCGGUGUGACUUUGACCCACAUGCCCGUAUAUGUGCUUGGAUAAAGAGCUCCUGGAAUGAUACAGACAAGAGAAGGAAUGAAGGUAUAUGCCCAACUGUGGAGGAGAAAGUCUAUACUGGAGGUCCAGCUCAAUAUUCAUUCACAGAUCUAAAUCUGCAACCUUAUAUUAAAUAUGAAUACCGUGUAGCUGCAUCGAACAAACAUGGAAAAUGUUUCAGUGAAAUUGGCAGUGCUACUACUAAACAAGAUGUGCCUGAAGGUGUAAGUCCACCCCAGUGGGCCAAAGUGGACAAUCGAGAAGACAUGAUAUUUCUCAACUGGAAAGAACCUCUUCAACCAAAUGGUAUCAUAAUUCACUACAUGAUUCUCCGAAAUGGGAUCGAGCGUUACAGAGGAAAGGAACUGAGCUUCACAGACACCGAUGGUAUUCAACCAUAUCAGGAGUAUUCAUAUCAGUUACGUGCAUGCUCUGUUGCUGGUUGUGCUGACAGUAGCAAGGUAGUUGCAGUCACUGUCCAAGGAGUCCCAGAGAGUGUUCAGCCUCCAACAGUUACAGCUUUGAACACAACGGCAUUGCAUUUGAGUUGGAUGGCACCAAGAAAACCAAACGGUAUCAUCCGAGAAUACCAGAUCAGUCAAACUGGCAGAGGCCUUAUACACACAGACACUGCAGGCAGGAUGCAGCAUACUGUAUCAGGUCUUCAACCACACAGAAACUACAGCUUUAUAAUCACAGCAUGUACGUUUGCUGGAUGCUCUUCUAGUCGGGCGAGUUCAGGCAGAACAUUGCAAGAUGCUCCUCACAGAGUAUGGUCACAACCACGUCACAUCAUAGUUAGUUCUACAAUAGUGGAAUUGUAUUGGGAUGAACCAGAAAAAACAAAUGGGAUUAUUUCCCAAUAUCGAUUAUUUCGGAAUGGAGAAGAGAUUUUCAAGGGAGACAAAGGAAGUCUAAAUUUUACUGAUUCUGACCUGCAACCAAACAGCAGAUAUGUUUACCAGCUAGAAGCCAGCACAUGGGGUGGUAGCAAUGCUAGUGAAAAGUAUGUUGUCCAAACCCCAGUAGCAACACCAGAGGAAAUUCCUGUCCCAUAUAACGUCACUGUGAUAGAUGCAUACUCCAUAUUUGUAGCUUGGGACAGUCCUGGAUUGUUUAAGACCAAUGUGCCUUUGAAAUACAACAUAUUAUUAAAUGCUGGCAGUAUCUCACCCCUUAUAAAUUCAGUUGGGCAGCCAAAUUUUGCUCUUUUGAAUGGUCUGGAUCCAUACACGCAAUAUGAGAUAAGGAUACAAGCCUGCCAGGAUGUUGGCUGUGGAGUUGGUGAACGGGCAUAUGCACAGACUGCUGAAGCACCCCCUAAGGAAUUGAGUCCACCUGUAGUUAUAGCCACUGGAUCAACAUCUAUUGAAGUAAAAUGGUUGCCACCUAAGAAAUCCAAUGGAAUAAUCAGAAACUACUUUGUUUACAGGCAUUCUGUGGGCACUCAAGAGGAACUGCUUAUCUUCAUUUGGUCUGAAGGUGCUUUGGAAUUUAUUGAUGCUACUGACAUACUUCAACCAUUCACAGAGUAUGAAUAUCGCAUCAGGGCUCAGAAUUCCAAGGGGUCUGUGGAUAGCCUCUGGUCUUCAGCACAGACUCUUGAAGCUCCACCUUGGGGCAUGAAAGCUCCCUGGGCUCAAGCUGUUAGUGCUUACUCAGUACUCCUAAAUUGGACCAGCCCAACUUCUUCUAAUGGUGGUAUUUCUCAAUAUCGAGUUGUCUAUCAAGAGAGACAGACUGACCCAACGUUUAACACCCCAGCUAUUACUGCACUGACUGUACCGGGGACAGUGCAUCAAACUCACUUGUUUGGUUUGAAGCCAUUUACAACCUACCACAUUCAUAUUGUUGCUGUCAACAAUGCUGGACAAGUUUCGAGUCCUUGGACUUCCGUGCGGACACUGGAAGCAUCCCCGGGUGCUUUGAGCAACUUUACUGUGGAAAAGAAAGAGAAUGGCAGGGCACUGUUACUUAAAUGGGCAGAACCAUCUAAGCCCAAUGGCAUCAUUAAGACCUACAAUAUUUUCAGUGAUGAUAACCUCGAAUACAGUGGUUUGUCUCGCCAGUUCCUCUUCCGACGCCUUGAGCCAUUCACUCUGUACACUCUGGUCCUUGAGGCUUGCACUGUAGCUGGCUGCACUCGCUCUACACCCCAGCCAAUCUGGACAGAUGAGGCCCCUCCUGCAUCUCAAAUGGCACCUAUAAUCCAGUCAGUUAAUGCAACCAGCAUUGAACUAAGCUGGUCUGACCCAAUUAAUUCAAAUGGAAAAAUAAUACGCUAUGAAGUUAUUCACAGAUGCACCAAAGAAGAUGCUUCAGGGAACAAUGCAACAAUAGGAGAAGAGAAAAUUGUUUUCACAGAAUAUAACACGGGGAGUAAUUCAUUUGUGUAUAACAUUCAGCAUUUGCAGCCAUGGACUAGAUAUGAAUAUAAAAUACGUGCCUGGAAUUCAGCAGGCUAUACAGAUAGCUCAUGGUCUGCCGCAAAGACCAGUCAAGCUGCCCCGAAGGAUUUGGCUGCACCAAUCUUGCAAUAUAUACCUGGAAGCCCUGACAAAAUGUUGAUUUUGUGGUCUCCCCCAGAGGAGCCCAAUGGUAUUCUGCAAUCAUAUAGACUUCAGAAAAAUGAUGUUCCCUAUCCAUUUACCUUUGACGCCACUGUUUUCAACUAUACUGAUGAAGAGUUAUUGCCAUAUUCAGUCUACCACUAUGCAGUAACUGCUUGUACCUUGGGAGGCUGCUCCAUCAGUGACCCAACAAGCAUACGAACUCUAGAAGCAGCUCCAGCAUUUGUGAACCCUCCCUGUCUGGAAGAUAUUGGUGCCACUCAAAUUAACAUGUCUUGGUCACCCCCUCAAAUUCAAAAUGGUGAGAUCACCAAGUACAUUUUAAAAUUAAGUGGUGAUGAGAUCUAUGUUGGGAAGAGUCUAUUUAGAACAGUGUUUAAUCUACAGCCUUACACAAAAUAUGACACCACACUGGUUGCUUGCACUAAUGGAGGCUGCACAGCUAGUGAACCUCAGUCUGUAUGGACAAUGGAGGCCCCACCUCUUAAUAUAGAAGCCCCCAAGUUGCUAGUGACAGGUUCAGAGUCAAUAGAAAUCACAUGGAAGGCUCCUGCCAAUCCAAAUGGUAAAAUCCAAAGUUAUGAACUGAGGAGAAAUGACAUGUUGGUUUAUUCUGGUCUGGAUACUCAUUAUCAUGACUUUAUGCUAACUCCAGGAAUAGAAUAUAGCUAUUCUGUUACUGCAAACAACAGUCAAGGCAGUGUAACCAGUGUAAUAGCUAAAAUUAGAACAAACCCCUCUGCACCAUCUGGAAUGUUACCUCCUAGACUGCAACCAUGGUCCCCGGGGUUAAUUUUGAUCAACUGGGAUCCUCCAGCAAAAGUCAAUGGUGAUAUAAGCAAUUAUACAAUCACUCUUCAGGACCCUAUGGAACUGGCAAAGAAAACUGUUCAUAUGAACUCAUCUCAUGUGUCCUUUAGGAGAAGGUCUUACACUGCAGCAGAACUAAAACCCUGUCACAGGUAUGAAGUCCAAGUGCAAGCUUGCACACUCCUGGGUUGCACUUCCAGUGAAUGGGCUUCUGUACAGACUCUGGAAGCACCACCUGAAAUCCAGCCAGCCCCUCUAAUAGAUGUACAGUCGAACAGUGAUGGAUUCCAGUCUGUUCUUUCUGUGGCAUGGACAGGCCCAGAGAAGACAAAUGGAAGGAUCUUGUAUUAUGAGCUUUACCGAAGACAGGCAACAGCUAGCCCUCUAAAUAUGGACUUGGUACUUGUGUACAAUGGCUCAGCUACAUCCUUCAAAGAUUCCAGGCUCCUGCCUUUCACAGAGUAUGAAUAUCAGGUUUGGUCCGUUAACUCUGUGGGCCGGACUGCUAGCAGUUGGACCCGAUGUAGGACAGGGCCAGCCCCUCCUCAAGGCCUUCAUGCACCUCAGUUUGGUACAGUGGCUUCAACCUUAGCUGUGGUGAACAUAAGCCCUCCACUUAAGCCAAAUGGAAUAGUCAGUCUCUACAGGCUAUUUUCAAAAAAUACUAAAGGGAAUGAUGUAGUGUUGUCUGAAGGAACUGCCACCCAGCAAACAAUCCAUGGACUCAAGCCAUUUACUACCUAUUCUGUUGGUGUAGAGGCCUGCACCUGUUUCAAUUGCUGCAGCAAAGGACCUGUGGCAGAACUCACCACUCAGCCUGCUCCACCUUCACAACAGCCACCUCCCUAUGUACAUAGUGUGACCUCAAGGAAUGCUUCUUUUAAAUGGGAUACACCACAGGAACCCAAUGGCAUUGUUAGAAGGUAUGAACUCCAGAUGUACAUGUCCUGCCCUCCCCAUUUACAGCCAAUAGAAAGGUCUUGUAAACCUGGUCCUGUUGAAGUGAAGUAUACCGGCAGUGGCCAGAGUUCCAACGUGAGUGAUCUGCAGCCUUACACAACCUACUACCUGAGAGUUGUGUCCUACAAUUCAGUUGGCAGCAGUACUUCAGAAUGGAUUAGCUUGGUUACCAAAAAAGAGGUACCCCAGUACAAAGCUCCAUUUACAGUUGUCAGCAAUUUAUCCACAAUCUACCUUGACUGGAGUCACACCUUCCUUCUGAAUGGACAGCUGAAGGAAUAUGUGCUAAUGGAGGGAGGCCAGCGCGUCUACAGUGGCUUUGACACCUGGCUGUAUUUGCCAAGGACGUCUGACAAAAGUCAGUUUGGUAAAUGCAUCAUAGAACAUUUGCUUCCUAAAGUAACUUUCCUCCCCUUGGACUUCACAGGUCCUGUGUUAACAACCCCAGGAGAAAAAGAGGAAGCAGUGAAAAAACAGGCAGCAUUCUACACAGAGCUCUGGUUUGUGGCACUUAUGGCCAUCCUGGGCUUGAUCCUUCUGGCAGUUUUUCUGUCCCUGAUUCUGCAAAGGAAAAUAAGUAAGCAGCCGUAUGCAAGGGAAAGGCCUCCUUUAGUUCCACUUCAAAAGAGGAUGUCACCCAUGGUGGUCUACUCACAAGGAGAAACACAUAUGGGAUUGGCAGAUACCAAAAUUCCCGGACCAGCAUCUCCUAUGAGCACUUGUAGCAAUCAAAGUGCUUCAGUUUCCCGUGUACCAAGCCAAAGCCAGAUACAUCACACUUACUCCCAGGGCUCCUUGCAUCGAAGUGUCAGUCAACUUAUUGAUGUCUAUGACAAGAAGUCUUUAAUAGAAGAUUCUGUUUGGGAUACCAUCAUCCAUGGGCAUGACAGUAGUAUGUACGUGGAUGAUGAAGAUCUUGUGAGUGCUAUUAAAGGCUUCAGUACUGUCACAAAAGAACAUACUACAUUUACUGACACACACCUGUGA